UUGUGACUUAUCAUCAUCUAUAUUUUGUGUCAUUUGUAAAUGAAUAUGAAAGACAAAUUUGUUCCUUUUUUUCUAAGUCUAAACAAAUUCCUAUAGGACACGUGUACUUAAAAUAUAUUUCAGUUUCACAAUUUAACGCUUUUAUUACAAGUUUGUUGCGCGCACUUGUUCCACGGAUUCGUGUGUUUGUGCUUAAAGUGGUUCAAAAUAUAUUUGUAACAAUCAGCUGCAACAAUGUCCGAAUUCAAGGACUGGUUUAAUAGUGUUCCCUUUUUUACGCGGUAUUGGCUAGCAGCGACAAUAGUAUUGAGCGUAUUGGGAAGAUUCGGCAUUUUCAAUUAUUAUUACUUUAUUUUGGAUAUUAAUCAGAUAUUUUAUAAAUUCCAGAUAUGGCGACCAAUCACUGCAGUGUUCUAUUAUCCAAUCAGCCCGUCAACAGGUUUUCAUUUUCUAAUAAACUGCUACUUUUUGUACAGUUAUUCACAACGGCUAGAGUCAGGGAUGUUUGCUGGGAAACCAGCUGAUUACUUUUAUAUGCUUUUAUUUAAUUGGCUGUGCUGUGUUCUACUUGGCCUUUUUACAGGAUUGCCUAUAAUUAUGGACCCAAUGGUGUUAUCAGUGCUAUAUGUGUGGUGUCAACUCAACAAGGAUGUGAUUGUGUCUUUCUGGUUUGGAACACGGUUCAAGGCUAUGUAUUUGCCCUGGGUUUUGCUGGCUUUUAAUUUAAUUAUUAGUGGAGGUGGUAUUCUGGACAUAAUGGGAAUCCUUGUCGGACACCUGGCAUUCUUCUUAUUAUUCAAAUACCCACAGGAAUUGGGUGGACCCUCCCUGUUAACACCACCUGCAUUUUUAAAACAGAUAUUCCCUGAUACACGGUAUAUGGGGGGCUUUGGUACUGCACCACAAGAGAGAGUGCCCACUAGGCCGGCAUCCAGAAUCAUUGGCGGACACAAUUGGGGCAGAGGGCACGCAUUGGGGGGCAACUGAGUGAUUAAGUUAGUGUUUGGAAAUAGACUGUGUUAUUUUUUUUAUUAAAUAAAGUGUUCUAACUUGAAA